GCAUUUUGACAUGGCACUAGUGCAAAGGCUGUGGGGUUGAAGAUGAUGACUCCCGACUUCAGAAGUCUGCCUAUGUUACGAAACCUUAGAAUAACGAGGCUUGUUUUGGGAUUGACAUUGAGUGCUCUCGCGACGUUUGUUUGGGUGCGCGCAGAUAUGCCCCACUUCUGGCCUAAGCUCCUGGAUGCUGUAACACACGAACCGCAUCCUAUAAUAGAUCAUUUUCCAGCGUUCACACCUAAUGUGGGAUGUUUAAGUCGGUCGCAGCAAUAUAAGUAUAGGAAACAGAAGAAUCACUUCCCGAUCUCAGAGCCUUUGACAAGGGCACUCGUGAAAUACACCCGCAUGCAUUCGCAUUGCCAGUUGACGAAGGUUGGAGAUGUUGACAGCAUGCAAGCAGCAUGCCAAUAUGUAGUGUACUACGAAGGAUAUGAAGGACUUGGCAAUCGACUCCUGUCGUUGGUGACGGCCUUCUCAUAUGCGUUGAUCACCAAUCGAGCCUUAGUCAUCGAUGAAAGACGAGGCCAUCUGGCGCAACUGUUGUGUCAGCCAUUCCAUAACACAAGCUGGCUACUUCCCUCGCAUCUGGCUCUUGCGGUUCAGAAGCGCGCUGUAAAGCUCCAGGAUAUGAUCAACAAUGAGGUCCAGAACGUGACUUCGGUUCACGUCAAUCUGCGGCACGAGCAGACCCUUGGAGAUCGGACAUUUUUCUGCUCGGAGUCGCAGGAACUGCUUCGCAAAGUGACUUGGGUGAUAUGGGAGAGCAAUCAGUACUAUGUGCCGCGCUUGUUCAUGAUCCGGGAGUUUUGGCCGACGUUGCGCCUGUGGUUCCCGAACGUGUCACUGGUGUUCACGCAGCUGGGCAGGAUCCUGAGCGUGCCGAGGAAUGGUGUGUGGGAAACGAUAGAGCGCAUACAACAAGCCGAAAUGGCGUGGGCUAGAGUGCAGGUAGGGAUCCAGGUGCGGCGACACGGCGUUAGCGAUAACGCAAAUUUCUCCGAGACCGUAUACCAGCGAAUCUUGAAAUGCGUGGGAGAGCAUGCGGUGUUGCCCAACCGGACGACAGCAGCGGUGCUAGUCACGUCGCUGCGAAGUGUGUACUGGGAGAAGAUGCGGGAGAGAUGGCAUGGACGAGAUGACGAGGAGGGUGAGGUGAAGUUUGUGAUGGUGAGCGAGGAAAAGGAGGAGCGGUACUCCUACGAUCAAGCGUGCAAGGCCAUGGUGGAAAUCUGGCUGCUGAGCUUCUGCGACAGAUUAGCCACCAGCAGCUGGUCCACUUUUGGGUACGUCGCGCAGGCGCUGGCGGGCAUCCAACCCGUGAUCAUGAACAUCCGGGGGGAGCACCCGGAGCUAGACGAGCAAGCGCAGUGUUGGCGCGGGCAGUCUGUGGAGCCUUGUCUGCACUACCCUUUCAUAUUUCGCGACGAUGACAGUGGAACGGCGUAUUGCAUCAGUCAAGCGAAACCUAAUCUGCUGCCGAAGAGGCCACAGAAGGAGGAGGAGGUGGAGACCAAGCAACAGGAGGAACACUCGGCGUGGAUCGCUAGACACCUGGUUGUGUGUCAAGACGAAACACGAGGUUUGCAACUGGUUUCGUAGCUGGCCCACUCUUCUCGCUCUCUCUCUCCUAAGCAUCUCCGCAUCAUUCCACACAAACUCUUUCAUAUUCUUAGCCUUCGAACCUCGUUAUUUUGAAGUCUUUCUUUCUCCGAAUGAAGUUAUUUCCUUAACUUCUGCGGCCCCUUCUACAUCACCUCACAAUCAAUGUGGGUACACUGUCAUUGUAAUCGGCCACAUUUGCUGUCUCUAUGUGCUGCCGCAGCAGAAUGCAGUACAUGGAGACGCAAGGUAUGUUGCAAUUAUGUGUUGUCGAGAAGCAGUGUGUGUUGAUUUUGACGAAACCUGCAAAACUUUUGGGGAAUGGCUUCCAAAGCCGACACUGCCAUUUUUGAAGGUUGUCCAUUAUGCUAGUGAUUUGAAACCUCUUCAAUUUACUCUGGAUUUACUUUGUGUGGGGAAUAGCUAAAAUGUGAUAUAUGCACAAUGUGGUGCAAGAGGAAGUGUGCACCGUAGGGAUUUUUGAGAACAAUAUACUUGAUCUAUGAUGUGUGUGUGCAUUCAAGCUUUUCCAAUGAGAACACAAGUUUGCAGUAUGAUGAAUCAGUGUGUUCUCCAAUUUUAAGUAAAAUAGUAAAUUGUAGAUUUGGUCAA